GUCGUUGCGUCAUCGAUUGAGGUGUUGCUGUGAUAAUGGCAGACAAAGUUAUCCCUGCGGUCAAGGCGGAGGAGGAAGAGGAAGAAUUGGUGGACCCCCAGGAUGAACUCAGGGAACAAUGUGCAGAAACACCCCAAUGCCAAACUCUGUGGGCGAAGUACCAAGAAUGCAAUGAUCGUGUCAAUUCCCGUAAAAAUACAACUGAAAACUGCCAGGAGGAGCUUAUUGACUACCUCCAUGUCCUCGACAAAUGUGUCUAUAAAGACCUUUUCAAAAGGCUAAAGUAAUUAGCAUAACUGUAGGUUAUAAUGUUUCAUUUCGUCAUUUUGUUUUCGCAGGUUACAAAUUUGGCGGAGUGUAGUGAAAUAGUAAAUUAUGUUAUCAAUUACCAAAUCGUUCAAUGCUGUGGGUUGAUGUUAUUUAAUUAUAAAUAAACACCUUAUUACAGUUAAC